UCCCAUCACCUCGUCCCUCCCGGCAGAGUGGCAGCCGGCAGUGCAGAUUUUCCUGUACUCCCUGAUAUUCCUGCUCAGCGUGCUGGGGAACACGCUGGUCAUCACCGUGCUGAUCCGGAACAAGAGGAUGAGGACCGUCACCAACAUCUUCCUGCUGUCCCUGGCUGUCAGCGACCUCAUGCUCUGCCUCUUCUGCAUGCCCUUCAACCUCAUCCCCAACCUGCUCAAGGAUUUCAUCUUCGGGAGUGCUGUUUGCAAGACCACCACCUACUUCAUGGGCACCUCUGUGAGUGUUUCCACCUUUAAUCUGGUGGCCAUAUCUCUGGAGAGAUAUGGUGCAAUUUGUAGGCCCUUACAGUCCCGCGUUUGGCAGACGAAAUCCCACGCUCUGAAGGUGAUUGCUGCUACCUGGUGCCUCUCCUUUACCAUCAUGACUCCGUACCCCAUUUAUAGCAACUUGGUGCCUUUUACCAAAAAUAACAACCAGACCGCAAAUAUGUGCCGCUUCCUACUGCCAAAUGAUGUUAUGCAGCAGUCCUGGCACACGUUCCUGCUGCUCAUCCUCUUUCUUAUUCCUGGAAUUGUGAUGAUGGUGGCGUACGGAUUAAUCUCUUUGGAACUCUAUCAAGGAAUAAAAUUUGAUGCUAGCCAGAAGAAAUCUGCUAAAGAGAGGAAACCGAGCACGGGCAGUGGCAGCCGAUUCGAGGACAGCGACGGCUGCUACCUGCAGAAGUCCCGGUCCCCGAGGAGGCUGGAGCUCCAGCAGCUGUCCACCCGCAGCGGCAGCGGCAGGCUCCACCGCGUCCGGAGCAGCAGCUCGGCCGCCAACCUGAUGGCCAAGAAGCGGGUCAUCCGCAUGCUCAUGGUCAUCGUGGUCCUCUUCUUCCUGUGCUGGAUGCCCAUCUUCAGCGCCAACGCCUGGCGGGCCUAUGACACCACCUCUGCCGAGCGCCACCUCUCAGGGACCCCCAUCUCCUUCAUCCUCCUGCUCUCCUACACCUCCUCCUGCGUGAACCCCAUCAUCUACUGCUUCAUGAACAAACGGUUCCGCCUCGGCUUCAUGGCCACCUUUCCCUGCUGCCCCAACCCGGGACCCCCGGGGGCGAGGGGAGAGGUGGGAGAGGAGGAGGAAGGCAGGACCUCGGGGGCGUCCCUGUCCAGGUACUCCUACAGCCACAUGAGCGCCUCUGCCGCACCCCCCUGAGCCCGCCGGCCCUCCACUGCGCUGGGAGGAGGGGGCCAGGGAGGGGGAGGAGGAGGGAAGUGCAGCAGGCAGGCCCCAUGUCCUGUGGAAGCCUUCCCUGGCUGCUUUCCAUCCUCCCCCCAGUUCCAGGAGGAGAUGCACUGGCGGGGGGCGGGGGGCGGGGGCCUGACUUGGUUUCCAGGUAGGUCAAGGCAAGACAUUCCCAGUGACAUUCACCAUCAGAGAGCCUCAGCAAGCCCCUGGGAGUCCCCCAGGAUCAGGCUGCAAAUGUAAUUACCAAGCACCUGUUCAAAGUGGAGAUUCCCACCCUACUGAGCUUCAGAAGGUUCUGGAACACCCAAGGUGGGUUCCUGCUUCUGGUAGUGAUGCUUCUGUUCUCUGUUUCUUCUGCUACUGAAGAGCGGUGAAAGCUCCUUGCCCC